AUGACCGGUCUCUGGAUUGUGGCCCUCGCAGCCUCGGCCAGCAUUGUGCAAGCCAUCCCUAAAAACAUCGAGCUUCAUGCCGACGAUUGGCGAAGCAAGAUUAAGAAUGUUGUUGUUCUGGUUGAGGAAAACAGGUCCUUCGAUACCUUUGCUGGAGGCCUGACAUACAAUCGGGACAUCAAUGGCUUGGUAAACCACAAUUACUGCAAUUCCAUGAAUGCCUCGGAUCCAGCUCAGCACGAUGAUGUCUGCGCAGGACCCCGUGCAAAUGACGUGGCACCCGAUGAUCCAAAUCACAGCAUCAGCGGGGUGAACAUGCAGCUCUUCAGCACAUUUCAUCCCAAUGAAGUGGAAGUUGAUAAAAACCACGCUGCAGAAAACAUGCGUGGCUUCGUCACGGAGCAAUCCAUUACCUUCAACACCUUGAACAAGACCCGUGCCGCGGAGGCCAUCAACUACUACACCCCCGACCAAAUCCCCGUGUUCAACAACAUGGCCGAAAACUACGUGCUCUUCGACCGGUGGUUCGCGUCCGUUCCUGGUCCCACGAACCCCAACCGCGCUUAUCUCACAUCUGGAACUUCCCACGGCCAUGGUAGCAAUGAUAAUGCAUUUGGGGUAUAUGGAUUGCCUCAAAAGUCCAUAUUCCAACAGCUCUCCGAGAACGACAUUACAUGGAUGAACUACCAAAACUCCACCACUGGCCCAGGGAAAGGCUUUAAUCCUGACGCCGCGUUUUACACCUGGACGGGGACGUCAGGGAAGAAUAAGACGAACAUCGCACCACUGACACAAUUCUAUGCCGACGCCAAAGCAGGCAAGUUGCCACAAUUUACAUACAUCAACCCGGAAUGCUGUUCCUACCAAUCAUUCCAUCCCCCUUCUCCAAUCAGCGUGGGCGAGAAGUUCAUCAAGGGCAUCUAUGAGGCCGUACGCAACUCGCCACAGUGGGACUCCACGCUCUUCAUCCUAACCUUCGACGAGCACGGCGGUUUCGGAGACCACGUUCCGCCCCCAAUGAACGUACCCGCGGGAGACGACCUGACACACACAGAAAAAGCCCACGAUGGAAAGAACAUCACUUUCGAUUUCAAGCGUCUAGGUGUGCGUGUCCCGACAUUGCUUAUCUCCCCAUGGGUAGAGAAGGGGAAGGUAGAGCAUAAGGGGACGAAUAAUGGCGGCGAGUAUAACCAUAAUAGUAUUAUGAAAACGCUUAACGAGCUUUGGGGGCUGGAGGAUUUGACACCAAGGAUUACGUAUUCGAGUACUUUUGAGCACUUGAUCACGAAUCGGAAGAGGAAAGAUACGCCAGCAACGCUGCCGGACCCAGUUGUGCCUCGUUAA